UGUCUUCAGGAUGAUGGCACUGACCUGUCAAGCAAGCGUGCGGACGCUGCCACUCUUCGCUCUACCUUUGAAGCUGUAGUAACUAGUCAUUAUCCAGCUUUGCGCAAUCGUAUCGCUAUCCAGAUGGUCCCCUUGCCUCCUGUUACCGUGAACGCCUUAUCAAUACUUUCUGGGUAUGGUGUAGUUUGGCGUGAUUUUGACCCCAUUCAACUUGUGUUCCUGAUAUUUUUGUAA